CCCAUUAAACAAUCUGAUCGAUCCUCAUGGCUACUAGUAUCACCGCCGGCCUACAAAAGGCCCAGCAAGCAGUGCAGGACACUGCCACCAAGAACAAGAAGAUUGUCGAUAUUAGCCACGACACAGUAAAUGUCCACACAGACCAGGAGCAGCGAACAGAUUUUGGUGUCGCGAUCACCGACCCUGAUCACUGGCUGCGCGUCACCAACGAGACGCACUCGGGCCCCUCGCUGCUAGAAGACCACAUCGCGCGAGAGCGCAUCCAUCGUUUCGACCACGAGCGCAUCCCUGAGCGCGUUGUUCAUGCCCGUGGAACGGGCGCCUACGGCAAUUUCACCCUCAAGGAGAGCAUCGAAGAUUUGACCUAUGCUGGAGUGUUAACGGAUACUUCGCGCAACACCCCGGUGUUCGUGCGUUUCUCUACUGUCCAGGGCAGCCGGGGGAGUGCUGAUACCGUUCGCGAUGUUCGCGGGUUCGCUGUCAAGUUCUACACUGACGAGGGAAAUUGGGAUAUUGUCGGCAACAACAUCCCCGUCUUCUUCAUUCAGGAUGCCAUCAAGUUCCCUGACUUUGUCCACGCUGUCAAGCCCGAGCCUCACAACGAAGUGCCCCAGGCCCAGACGGCCCAUAACAAUUUCUGGGACUUUGUGUACUUGCACCCCGAAGCCACGCACAUGUUCAUGUGGGCGAUGUCUGACCGCGCCAUCCCGCGGUCCUACCGUAUGAUGCAGGGUUUCGGUGUUAACACGUUCUCGCUGGUCAACAAGGAGGGUAAGCGCCACUUUGUCAAAUUCCACUGGAUCCCUCACCUCGGAGUGCACUCGCUCGUCUGGGACGAGGCCCUGAAGCUGGCGGGACAGGAUCCCGACUUCCACCGCAAGGACCUGAUGGAGGCCAUCGAUAACAAGGCCUAUCCCAAGUGGGACUUUGCCAUCCAGGCCAUCCCCGAGGAGGACCAGGACAAGUUCGAGUUUGACAUCUUCGAUGCCACCAAGGUCUGGCCGGAAGAGCAGGUGCCCCUGCGUGUGGUCGGCGAGCUCGAACUGAACCGCAACAUCGACGAGUUCUUCCCCGAGACUGAACAGGUCGCCUUCUGCACUAGCCAUAUCGUGCCUGGUAUCGACUUCUCUGACGACCCGCUUCUCCAGGGCCGCAACUUCUCAUAUCAGGAUACACAAAUUAGUCGUCUGGGUGUGAACUGGGAAGAAAUACCCAUCAACCGACCUGUCUGCCCGUUCCUCAACCAUAACCGGGACGGAGCUAAACGCCACCGCAUCACCAAGGGCACGGUGAACUAUUGGCCCAACCGCUUCGAGGCCAACCCUCCAGCUAGCGACAAGGGCUUCAAGUCGCACCCAGCCCCGAUUACAGGCCGCAAGCGCCGCGAUCUCACACCCAAGUUCAAGGAAUACCACAACCAGGCGCAGCUUUUCUAUAACUCCCUCUCCGAAGUCGAGAAGGUGCACGUCAAGAAGGCCUUUUCCUUCGAGCUUGACCACUGUGACGACCCGAUCGUUUACGAGCGGCUCGCAGGCCAGCGCCUCGCAGAGAUCGAUCUCCCCCUGGCUCAAGCCGUGGCCGAGAUGGUCGGCGCGCCCAUCCCCACGAAGGCACUGCGUGAUAACCACGGCAAGACCUCCGUCCGUCUCUCCCAGUUCGACUUCACUCCUAAGGCUCCUGGCAUUAUCAGCCGUCGCAUUGCCAUCAUCAUCGGUGACGGCUACGACAAGAUCGCCUUCAAUGGCAUGAAGGCCGCUAUUCUCGCCGCGCAAGCGCUCCCCUUCGUCAUUGGCACCAAACGCUCCGCCAUCUACGCACAGGGCGAGGAUAAGAAUAGCUCUAAGGGUGUGAUUCCCGACCACAUGUAUGACGGCAUGCGCUCCACCAUGUUCGACGCGACCUUCAUCCCCGGCGGCUCGCACAUUGAGACUCUCCAAAAGAACGGCCAGAUUCGGUACUGGAUUGCCGAGACAUUCGGGCACCUCAAGGCGCUCGGUGCCAUGGGCGAAGCCGCGCAGCUGGUCAAGGAAGUUCUGGGCAAUGUGAUGGGCGUCCAAAUUGCCGGUGCGGACUCUGCUGAGCCCGUCGAAUGGUAUGGUGUUGUUACAGCUCGUGGACCAGAGAGCGCCGAGAGCCUCAGUGAGGGCUUCAAGGUGCUCAAGGACGCCGGUGAUUUCACAAGCAAGUUCUUUUACCAGAUCAGUCAGCACCGCAACUGGCAGCGUGAGUUGGAUGGAUUGGCUUCGACGGUUGCGUUCUAAUCUCACUGCCUCGGUACUUGUAUUUCCUUUAUUAUGGAUUACCCCCCAGGCGUUGGCUGUUUCGACCUAUAUGUAUCGUAACGAAGUAUAUGACUGAAUGCAGUAUAUCAUAAU